GAUGUGUACGAGGAAACUCGGGUUUGAUGUCAGUCGGUUGACCUCGGCUCUCUUUAUAUAUCGCCGAGCGGUGUCGGCGGUGGGAUGCGAACUACAAGUAACACCACUUUCCAUUACCCAUUCAAUCCCUUUUCUUCUAUUAAAGUGGGAUGACUAUCGUUUCAGUGGGUGUGUGAUCAUGAGUGUUGCAUUGAAGUUUCAGGCCCUCGUCCGUCGGUCAGUGGUGAACAGUCCUAUUGUUGCUGCUGCGGCUGGUCUCCAGCGCACGGCACCAUGGCGACGAAGCUACUCGAGCGCUAUUGGCGAUACGCUACCUCUGACUGGAAUUAAAGUACUUGAUAUGACCAGAGUCCUUGCUGGUCCAUACUGCACGCAGAUCUUGGGAGACUUAGGAGCAGAAGUCAUCAAAGUAGAACACCCUGUGCGUGGUGACGAUACUCGAGCCUGGGGCCCGCCAUUUGCGAAAUACCAGGAUGAAUCGCGACAGGGCCCUGGCGAGAGCGCUUACUACCUAGCUGUGAACCGUAACAAGAAGUCGAUUGGCCUCUCGUUCGCUCACAAACCCGGCGUCGAGAUUCUGCACAAACUCGUCAAGGAAUGCGAUGUCCUCGUUGAAAACUACCUCCCCGGAGGCCUCAAAAAAUACAACAUGGAUUACGAAACCCUGCACGCCAUCAAUCCCAAGUUGAUCUACGCUAGUAUCACCGGGUACGGACAGACAGGACCAUACAGUAACCGAGCUGGAUACGAUGUGAUGGUCGAAGCGGAGAUGGGCCUGAUGCAUAUCACGGGGGCGCGGGAUGGCGCCCCAGUCAAAGUGGGUGUGGCGGUUACAGAUUUAACGACGGGGUUAUAUACUUCGAACGCGAUCAUGGCUGCGCUCAUUGCCCGUGGACGGACUGGAAAGGGGCAACAUAUCGACGCAUCCCUGAGCGAUUGCCAGGUUGCGACGCUGUCGAAUCUUGCCAGUUCCGCUCUUAUCAGUGGAAAGAAAGAUUCGGGACGAUGGGGUACCGCGCAUCCAUCCAUUGUACCCUACCGGAGCUACAAGACCCGUGAUGGAGACAUCCUUUUCGGAGGCGGCAAUGACAAAUUAUUCGGGGUGCUGUGCGAUCGAUUGGGAUACCCCGAGUGGAAGACAGAUGUCCGCUUUGUCACAAAUAGCGAUCGUGUAAAGCAUCGGGAGGAGGUCGACGGCCUAAUUGAGACCACGACGAAACAGAAGACAACCAAGGAAUGGCUUGAGAUUUUCGAGGGAAGUGGGAUGCCAUAUGCUGCUGUUAACGACAUCCAAGGAACACUAAAUCACUCUCACGUCCAAGCACGUGGAAUGGUCACCGAGGUUGACCACCCGGACUGUGGUCCCGUCAAGUUGGUGAAUACGCCCAUCAAGUAUUCGCAUGCUACACCAGGCAUCAGGACGGCACCUCCGACUUUAGGUCAACAUACGGAUGAAAUCCUUGGAGGAAUCGAAUAUGGUAAGGAAGAUAUAGCUCGUUUGAAGCAGGAGGGAGUCGUAUCGUAGAGCGGCUUGCCUAUCAUAACUGUUUAUAUUAACUGCAUGUACCCCAGGGGUACAGGGGUGGGGGAUCCCGGGGAUCUGUGAGCAUCUGUCAUAUAACCCCAGCAUCACAUAGCAAUGAACAUAACAUGAAUUGAGCAAUAAUAUCAUGACAAAAUGUUCC